AUGAGCAACAACUUUCAGAUCCCUGAUGAAAACACAAAGAACUAUGGCGUCCUCUUGAACAAGACCGAUGACCUUCAAAUCAUUGAAAUCCCUGUCCCAAAGCCUGCUCAAGGUGAAGUACAACUCCAAGUCAAGGCCUGUGGCAUCUGUGGAUCAGACAUCCACUUGUGGAAGUAUGGUGAAAUUGGUAUCUUCCCCGUUACCAAGCCUCAACUCCUUGGACAUGAAGCUGCGGGUGUUGUCACAGCUGUUGGUGAAGGCGUUACCAAUCUCAAAGUGGGUGAUCGUGUUGCUAUUGAAGCUGGUAUUCCUUGCAGCAACUGCUCUCAAUGCAUGGCUGGUCGUUAUCAUCUUUGCCCAGAUGUUGUAUUCAAGUCCACUCCUCCCUAUGAUGGCCUUCUCUCCAAGUAUUGCACACAUCCUGCUCGUUGGGUACACAAGAUGCCAGACAAUGUCUCAUAUGAACAAGGUGCUCUUUUGGAACCAUUGUCAGUUGCCAUUUCCGCUUUAGAGCGUUGUGGUGUUACCUUUGGUCGCUCAUUGUUGAUCACUGGUGCUGGUCCUAUCGGCUUGUUGACUCUUGCUGUUGCCAAGGCAACUGGUGUGAGCCCCAUCAUCAUCACCGAUGUUCAGCCUUCUCGUUUGGAAUAUGCCAAGCAAAUGGGUGCCGAUUAUACCUAUCAAGUGGAUCCCAAGAAGCCCGACACUGAAGUUGCUCGUGAGAUUCGUGCAUUGACCAAGAACAAUGAAGGUGCAGAAUACACUCUCGAGUGCACUGGUAUCGAAUCCUCAUUCCGUGCCGCCAUCAUGGCUACUCGUGAUGCUGGUGUUUGCUGCUUGGUUGGUGUCGGCAAGAAUGACCAAUCUCUCCCUGUCAACAACUUUGCUAUGCGUGAAGUCGACAUCAAGGGCUUGUUCAGAUACCACCACACAUAUCCUCGUGCUAUUUCCCUGAUGGCUAGCGGCAAGUUGGAUGUCGACCAUUUGAUCACCCACAAAUUCGAUUUGAUGGAUGCCAUUAAUGCUUUCAAGACCGCUGCUGAUUAUUCUACCGGUGCCAUUAAGGUCCAGAUCACCACCAAUUAG